CUUGACCCAAGUAGCGUUCACAACGUGAAGCCGGCUCCUCGUAGUCUCCCGCAUACAGUGUAUACAGGUUCAACCUUCGUACCUCAGGAUAUCUCUCCCUGACGAUCCCCGCCGACGUCGUCGAUAUUCAUUCAAGCCUCGUUGAAUGAUACCGUCCUAAGCUUCGAUACCCUUUAUCAAUCUCCAAGUUGAUAUACGAUUGCUACUUAUUCGUGCAUUUGCGAGUGUCGUCUGGCACGCGAUGGAGUUAGCUUGCAGCACUAGGAAGCCACGUCUGCCUGUAGAGACGUGCGAGCACAUUAUUGACUGGUGUGCAACUGGGUUCUGGCCUCAAAGAACACUAAUCAAUUGUCUGCUGACGUGCAGAUCGUGGGCCCCUAGGAGUCGUCUUCGUCUCUACACUGAUGUCCAUAUCAGGACGGAGGAACAACUCAUGCGAUUUGUCUCUAUCCUUCGGACAAAUCCGCGUCUGGGCUCUGUAGUUUGUCACCUACGUUUGGGUGAACUUGACCCACUCGGCAAUCUUCAUGACCAGUCUCAACCUCAGCAUUGGAUCCAUCUAGCGGCCUCGCGUCUCCCAGUGUUGUCGUCUCUACGCCGCAUCACAUUUGUCCAGCUCCCUACAGAGAGUCCAUGGUAUGCGAUGCUUAUGCGCCAAUACCGCAAGUUCACGAACGUCCGGGAAUUAUGUCUCGCAUAUCCGCCUUCGAUGGUGCCGCAGGAUCUGGAACGUAUUGUUUCAUUCCUUCCAGAUCUCACUUCACUCGGUCUUAGAGAUCAUUUAUAUUCUUUCAGUUCUUCGUCCUCGAAUUUUCCUCCCAUAAGGCAGGACAGCUUCUCCCACAUCACAUUAUAUCAUCCUACAUCCUCGCAGUCGUCCGUCGCAGACAUACACAUGCGCAAUGUCAUCCUCCGACGCACCUCUCCUCGAUACAUAUUGCUUUCAUCUCUUCCCUCUCAUGUCCCCCCUAAUGCCAACUUCGAUUCCUUAAGCACGAAUCUCCUUCCUCUAAGUACCAGUCUAAGCACAUUCUCUAGGGAGGAACAUAUUAGGGAAGGACUGAUGAAGGCGUUGGUGAUGGAGUGGGAAGUGGCCGUGAUGGACUUAACGGAUAAUGUGAAGGUGUGUGGGGACUAUCCAGAGUCAACUGGGUCAUUUGCGGAUAUUUGGAAGGGGGAGUGGAAUGAAAAAGGGUUGAUGGGUAUCGAGGAGCAGUUUGUUGCGUUGAAAGUGCUGCGACGAUUCCGUAUAGAGGGCGGUGUCAAUGAGAAAAACCUAAAGCGGUUUAAACAUGAGGUUCUCACCUGGUAUCGCCUCCGGCAUCCGCAUAUUAUCCAAUUCUAUGGGAUCGUUCGAUGGCGGCGAAUGCUCGCCAUAGUAUCGCCGUGGUGUAAGAAUGGCACCGUUGUGCAAUACCUAAAAGAGAUCAACCCGGACGCUGACCGGCUAGCGUUGAUGGCCCAGAUUGCGUCUGGCGUAGCGUACCUGCACAAUCUUGAACCCGUAGUUAUUCACGGCAACUUGAGAGGGGAUAACGUACUAGUUGACGGGGCAGGUAGAGCGUUGAUUGCAGAUUUUGGUGUCUCGAAUGUCAUCGACGUUGACUCGUUCGAAGAACCUUUAUUGGAUUAUCAGUGGACGGCGCCGGAGAUCAUAUAUAGCCUGGUGGAUAGCCUGGUGGAAAACGGUGGCCGUGUGCCAGAGUUGACCAAGGCUAACGACGUUUAUGCCUUCGCUGCUGUUUGUCUGGAGAUUCUUACAGGCAAAUUGCCAUACUCUCGUGACAAGACUGCAGACCGAAUCAUCGAACGUAAGAUGGCCGGUGAAAAACCGUAUGAUAGUAGGUAUGAAGCGCUGCAGUCCUAUCCAAGAAUGAGCUAUCAUACACAAGAAGAGUUGUGGGCUAUUUUGGACCGGUGUUGGGAGGACUGUGACCUGCGACCUAGCAUGUCUGAGGUAGAGGCAUCUUUUGUCAGCUUGGCGAAUGCGGAGCAUCUCACAUAGACAUCCGGAGCCUCUUAAUUUUAUGCAUAAGUGCCAGAUUAGCAUGGCCUUCAAUCUUUUUUCAACGUAGGGGAUGAUUUGGAGUGCUAUGCGAAUUGAAACGUGUAGCCUUCAACUUGAUUCGAAGAGAGUUAAUCAUCCUCAACAACAGCGUCGACAACAAGAUGAAGCAGUACGAUAGAUUCCGUUUAUCUUCACGGACCCCUGGAGCGACAAAGACUCACUGGUAACCUUCCGUGCACCUAGAUGUUCACCGGAAGACUUCAGCAAUGAUUAGAGAAAUAACACUAUCACUGGAAGAUUUCAAGCAUUUUUCCUUGUAAUGAGAAGAUUAUAUAUAUAAAGAGCAUAGAUGUUGAACACUUGUCGUAGGUACCGGGGACUGCUUCUAUUGAAUGAGAUAACAGAACAAGAGUUCUCAGUCAGCGUCAGAGCUAAUGACUCGAUAUAUAGUAG